AUGCCCCUCUCCAUCUUCUUCCUCCUCCUCCUCCUCUGCCACCAUGCUGCUCUUGCACUUCCUGGAGGUUACUACAUCAACUGCGGCGCGUCGCAAGAGGAGACCACCGGAGGCAUCCAAUGGAUCCCCGACGAAGGUUUCAUCAACGUCGGCAACGUGUCCAAGAUCGGAACUCCAGACAUCGUCCCCAUACUUGCCACGGUGAGGUACUUCCCCGAUGAAUCAGCUCGGAAGUACUGCUACAGCAUCCCCGUCGGGCGAGGAGCCAAGUACUUGAUCCGCUCCACGUACUACUACGGCGGCUUCGACGGCGGCGAGAAGCCCCCGGUGUUCGACCAGAUAAUCGACGGCACCAAAUGGAGCACGGUGAACACCACCGAGAACUACGCCAGUGGCCUCACCGCGUACUACGAGAUAGUCGUCGCGGCGCAGGGGAGGACAUUGAACUUUUGCUUGGCGAGGAAUAACCAGACGACCUCGAGCCCCUUCAUCUCUGCUCUCGAGCUGGUCAGCUUGGAGGAUUCCAUGUACAACGGCACGGACUUCACCAAGUACGCGCUGAGCACGGUGGCGCGACACCGCUUCGGCUACAGCGGCGAGAUCGUCAGCUAUCCAGAUGAUCCGUUCAACCGAUACUGGGAGGCGUUCACGGACUCGAACCCGUACGUGGAGUGCCACUCGAACGUGACGCCGUCGGAGUUUUGGAACCUCCCGCCGGCGACGGUGUUCCAGAGAGCUCUGACGACGAGCCGAGGGAAGAAGCUCGCGGUGCAGUGGCCGCCGGUGACGCUGCCGAGCGCCGCCUACUACGUGGCGCUCUACUUCCAGGACAACCGCACGCCCAGCCCGUUCAGCUGGAGAGUGUUCGACGUGGCCGUCGAUGGCAGGGAGUUCUACAAGGGGUUGAAUGUUUCGGCCGAGGGUGUGACGGUGUACGGGACGCAGUGGUCUCUCUCAGGGAAGGUGGAGAUUGUGAUGACCCCCAGCAGCGAUUCGCCUGUUGGUCCUGUGAUCAAUGCAGGGGAGAUCCUUCAGAUAGUGCCUUUUGGGGAGAAGACUAUAACCAGAGAUGUGAUUACAAUGGAGGAUCUCGCGAGGAACCUUAAGAACCCACCGCCGGACUGGAGAGGAGAUCCAUGCUUGCCCAGGCAGCAUUCAUGGACUGGAGUGAGCUGCUCUCAGAGUGGUUCCAUCAGAAUAGUGGGACUGAACCUCACAAACUUUGGCCUCUCAGGAUCGCUGCCAAGCAGCAUCAACAACUUGACGGCACUCGCAAACAUUUGGCUUUCCGGGAACAAACUCUCUGGUCCAAUCCCUGAAAUGAGCUCUCUGAGGAACUUGGUCUCCUUGCAACUGCAGGACAAUCAACUCAGCGGAUCGAUUCCAUCUUCACUGGGAGGACUCGAAAACCUCAAGGAGAUAUAUCUCCAGAACAACAAGCUCACGGGGAAUGUGCCAGAGAGUUUGAAGAAGAAGAUCGGGGUGGACAUGAAGCUUGGAACUGGAAACCAGAUUGACUAACAAAAAACAUGUGGAGAGCAAUGGGAUGAGACAAGUUGGGGGGU